GGUCCAAAUCAACAGCACAAAAUACGUCCAUGGGGGUUGGGCUUCCCCUGGUCAUGGGCCAGAUCCGAGUUAUGGGUUGGAUGGGUUGGAUCUGCAAUGGGUCGGGUCGCUGGUAUCCACAAUAAGUUGUAAAGUUAGUUUUUUUUUUCCCUCUGUUAAACCAUUUAUCUAAAAACAAAAGUCAGAGCUCUCUCAAUUUAACCCAGCAGCCCCCUUUGAUUUUCCAGAAUCUGGUGAGCUUCCACUGUGCGCCGCCGGUCGACUUUCCCACAGUUUCACCUCAAACUCAUCUCGACCCCCUCUUCUCAAACCCAACCUCUGUUUUUCACAAAUCGCCUCCUAUGAUCUUUGAUCUGAGAUCCAAGCCAGCGGCUUCAACCCCAUAAAGCACCAAUUUUCGUUACUGCAAACGACCCCAAAUUUUAGUAUGUUGUUCCCUCACCGAGGCCUUCUCCUCGUCCAAAACUCAGUUGCUUUGGUCCUACAGAAUCGAUGUGUAAACAUGAUUGCAAACUUAUAUCAUGCUCCAAUUGGGGAUGGUGAGAAAGCAGUUGGUGUCGGGACUGUUGGUUCCUCUGAGGCAAUAAUGCUGGCAGGAUUAGCUUUUAAAAGAAAGUGGCAGCAAAAGAGAAAAUCACAGGGGAAACCCUACGAUAAGCCCAACAUAGUCACAGGAGCAAACGUGCAAGUUUGCUGGGAGAAAUUUGCUAGGUACUUCGAGGUAGAGCUGAAGGAGGUGAAACUGAACGAGGGAUAUUAUGUGAUGGACCCUGUGAAAGCAGUUGAUUUGGUUGACGAGAAUACCAUAUGCGUUGCAGCCAUUCUGGGAUCUACCUUGACUGGGGAGUUUGAGAAUGUCAAGCUCCUUAAUGAACUUCUCACCAACAAGAAUAAAAAGACUGGUUGGGACACCCCAAUACAUGUUGAUGCUGCCAGUGGGGGGUUCAUUGCUCCUUUUGUUUACCCAGAUCUUGAGUGGGAUUUCCGCCUACCAUUAGUAAAAAGCAUUAAUGUCAGUGGGCACAAGUAUGGCCUUGUAUACGCUGGUGUAGGUUGGGUUGUGUGGAGAACCAAGGAGGAUUUGCCUGAUGAUCUCGUCUUUCACAUCAACUACCUUGGAUCUGAUCAGCCCACUUUCACCUUGAACUUCUCUAAAGGCUCUAGUCAAAUUAUAGCUCAAUAUUAUCAGCUUAUUCGGCUUGGCUUUGAGGGAUACAAGAAUAUCAUUGAAAACUGCAUAGAGAAUACAAGAGUUCUCAGGGAAGGGAUAGAGAAAACAGGACGAUUCGACAUUGUGUCCAAAGAUGUGGGUGUUCCCCUUGUGGCUUUUGCUCUCAAAAACAGCAGUAAAUACAGUGUGUUCCAGAUAUCUGAGAGUUUGAGGAAGUUCGGGUGGAUCGUUCCAGCUUAUACAAUGCCUGCAGAUGCCCAACAUGUUGCUGUUCUCCGUGUGGUUGUUAGGGAGGACUUCGGUCGCAGCCUGGCCGAGAGACUUGUCUCACAUAUUGAGGAGGUUGUGAAGGAACUAGACUCGCUUCGAAGUCGUACGGCCAUUGGAGCUUCCCAUGGUUAUGCAGGUGGGACAGCUGCAAAAAAGACUGAGGGAGAGAUUCAUGCAGAGGUAACCAGACGUUGGAAGCGGUACGUCGAAAGUAAGAGGACAGGGGUCUGUUAAGACCCUACAAAUAUGUGUUAAACUAUAUUAUUUGUAGCCAUAUUGUGAAUUAAUGGAUUGUUGGGGCAAUUGUUUUACCUUUUUUUCAAAACUGCAGGAUUACUUUCGAUGUAGUAAUUUCGUCGUGUUAUACAUUUAUAAAGGCGAUAUAUGUUGUGUCUGUGGAAUAUUAUGUUCAAAUUAAGCAAUAUA